AUGUUAACUCGAGCCAGAGCCUUCUCUACAGAAGCGUUGAAGGUUGUGAAUAAUGUUGCUAAGCAACGUUUUGAAGUAGCGAUUCCCAGCGCUGAAGCUACACUAGCUUAUACAAAGAACGAUAAGCAGAUAACACUACAUCAUACUGAGGUACCAAAACAGUUUCAAGGAAAAGGCGUUGGAAAACUUUUGGCUAAGCAUGCAUUUGCUUAUAUAUCAGAAAACAAUUUGGAUGUAAUUUGUAAAUGUCAUUUUCUUGCAAAGGCUAACACACUUUAUUAUAUAAGAGAAAAAUGUUAUGGUAAAGCUGAAAAAAUAUCAUUGGAAGCCUCAUCUAAAGUAACAGAAGAUUCAGAAUUUUUAUUUUAUAAUGGACUAUGUAACAUAUUGGAAGGACAAAUAUAUAAAGGAAUUGAUAAGUUGACUCCCCUACAAUCAGAUAAGGAAUUAGAAUUGGCUGUAGUGUUGACACUUAUUUAUAGCUAUAAAUCUCUUAAGAGCUACGACACUGAAGUUUUAUUUAACUUGGAGACCAAACUCAAAGAUUGUAAAAAGCAAGCAACUGCCAUAUCAUUUUAUUAUGCAGGUCUAUUUCUGUUCCUAGUUGAAAACCAUGAAAAGAGUUCUGAAUAUAUAAACAAAGCAUUAAGAAAGGAUCCCAAUAAUAUAAAUAUAAUAAUAUUAAGAGGUUGGAAUGAUAUGCAUAUGUCUAUAGGAAAUAUGAAAAGCUCUAUAUUAGAUUGCUUUGAAUUAGCUUUACAAAAGAAUGAUAAAAAUGUCGAAGCACUCAUUGGUUUGGCUAAAUUUAAAUAUCUUACUAAGAAUUACGAUGCAUCUAAUUUGACUUUAGAUAAACUUAUUGUUAACAAUCCCGGCCAAGUGGUACCGCUUGUUGAAAAAAUGAGAAAUGAAUUUGCUGCACAGAAGUGGGAUGCUGUCGGUGACGACGAACUAAACAAGUUUUUUUCUAUUCUUGAGGCAGAAGAACCUAAUAAUGGCUAUCAGUUUUAUACCACGGCCCAGUUGUUUUCAAAAUUAUGUGGAAGAUCAAGUGCUGUUUUAUCACAAGCAUAUAGAUUUGCUCAAUAUGCAUCAGAAUUACAGCCGAGUAAUGUUGAUUACUUAAGUGAGGUCGGCUACCAAUGUAUCUUGCAAGGUAAAUACAAAGAUGCCUUAAACUUUUUCAAAGCAGCAAGCAAAGUUGAUAGUAAUUCCAUAACUGCUUUAUGCGGACUUACUUUAUGUCAAAUGUAUGAUAAUGGUACCACCAGUCAAAUAGCAGAACAAGUCGAACUCCUGUAUGAAAUGCAGGGUACUGAAAAAUUUACAGUUUUAUAUUUACUGUCAGCACAAUUAAAUAGCAAGAAUGCAGAAAAAUUUUUAUAUAAUGCCAUUGAAGCGCAAAUCUCUCAGGCAGAAUGUUAUCCAUACAGUAUGGUGUAUUUAAAGAAAUUAGAUCCAGAUUUCUUAUUACAAGUAUACAAAGAACUGAAAAAACUUCUGCCAAAAAAACCAUUUGUUGUAGUCGGUCAUCUUCUUUAUUCUCAAGACGGCAACAAUACUAUAGUGGCAAAUUGUUUUAAACUGUUGACAGCAAUUACAAAUUCAUGUCCCGGUUUGAUACCAGCUUUGUAUGAAUUGGCGAAAUUGAAGUUCCUAUUUGGUUACUCCAAUGAGGCAAAGGCGUUGGCCCAACAAAUCAUCGAUCUUGACAAUACUCACGCUGGCAGUCAAGUGUUAUUAGCUCAAAUAUACGUCCAACAGAACAAUUUUAAUAAAGCCCUACAGAGUUUGGAAAUGUGUUUGAGUUACAAUUUUAAAAUUCGUGACAGUGCAAUGUAUCAUUUUCUUAAUGGCGUAAUACUCAAAAAUAUGAAUCAAAUUCAGGACGCUCUCGCAAGUUUCAUUACAAGUUUGCAGAUAGCCAAUAAUAAGAAUAAUAUAACAAGGCAGUAUGAUUCGGAGCUCAACAUAAUUGAUAAGGCUACAUUAUUUUUUGUCAUAAUAGAACUACAAACGUCUUUGGGACAAUUUGCAGAGGCCGGGAAAACUAUGCAAGAAGCAAUACAAGAAAUAUCUUACACGUCGGAGGAAAGUCGUUUACAAAUAGCUCGCGCAGAUUUGGCAUUAAGCAAUGGAGAUGUUGACAACGCUAUAGAAAUCCUGAACGAAGUAAAACCGGGACAGAAGUAUUACUUCCAAGCUCACAGCAAAAUGGCGCAUAUUUACCUGAAAGAGAAGCAAGAUAAGGCCAUGUUCACAUCGUGUUUUAAAGAUAUAGUAAACAAUCACCCUAUGGUAGACGCUCAUACAAUGAUGGGUGAUGCCUUUAUGUCCAUACAUGAACCAAAUCAAGCGGCUGCAUCAUAUGAUGUAGCGCUUAAAGGGAACCCGAAAGACAUACAGUUAAUAAAGAAAAUGGGUUCAGCGCUGUUGAAGAUGCAUGAAUAUGAUAAAGUUACACAACACUAUGAGAACGCUAUCAGGACCUUGAACGACGAUGAACUGAGAUUUGAAUAUCUAGAACUACUUAUAAAGCUCAAACAGUACGAUAAAGUCGACACAACGAUCUCAUCAGAAUUGAACCAACUUUAUAAUAAGGAAAAAGACAUCAAUGCAUUGAGACGACGCGUCAAAAUGCUUCUAAUACAAGCAAGAAGUAGGGAAAUAAAGAAUCCCACAGCGGGCAACACUAACCUGAUAUUAGCAGAAGCAAGGGACCUACAGAUAUCUGUAUUGAAAAGAGUUGAAAUAGAUUCGAGGGGGGAUAUAGAUGAGGAAAAGAAAAUGCUUUCGUCCAUUCUAUGUUUAUUGGCGAAAGCGAAAUCUGCGAAGGAACCAGCUGUGGCGACGAAUUUAUACUCAGAGGCUUUGAUAUACUCACCGCGGGACCCUGAUACAUUGUUGGCGUUAGCGAAGUUAUACGCACAGAUGAACAAUCCCGAUCGUUGUGAACAAACUUGCACGUUGUUGUUGAACGCCGACCCUAACAACGAGGCAGCGGCUGUCAUGAUGGCGGACCUCGCGUUCCGUAAGGUUGAUCUAGAGACUGCUCAGCGUCAUCUAAGCCAGAUAUUAUCAGUGAGGCCGUUGAGUUUCGAUGCUUUAUCUCAACUCAUUGAGGUGCAGUGGCGCAGAGGGAUGCUGACAGCCGUCGAGUCAGCUAUAGAGGAAGCGAGGAGAGAACUUUCUGGAAAGGAAGAUCCUGGGUUCUCAUACUGCUGUGGUGUGUUCAGCUCGUACAGCGGCGCCGUGAACCAGGCUCUGCGUCAGUUGAACGUGUCACGUCGGUCACGAUGGUCGUCUCUGGCCGCUAGACGGAUGAUAUUACUAUGUAUGGAACAAGCUACUGAGACAGACGGACAGAAUACCGACUCUGAUACACAUCUGCUAGCUCUUCGCACAGCAGAGAAGCUUUUGAACGAAGUAUCUUCAUCCGAGCGUAGGUCACUAUCUGCUUUACUACAGUUGGCAACGAGGCAAAAAUCACAAGCGGAGAGAGUUUUACAAGAACUCCUACCAUUAGUGACUGAAGAUAUACACCAAGAUGAUCCAUACAUUAUACUGGCCAUUGCUAAUGCGUAUAACAUUGUAAAACAACCAACACGAGCAAAGAACAUUCUAAAGAGAACUAUAUCUUCUAUUCCUUGGACGCCUGAGAAAGCGGAUGGCUUAGAGAGAUGUUGGUUGGAGGUAGCAGAUAAUCAAAUAAGUUCAGGGAGAAUGGAUGCCGCAAAAGAGAUUUUAACAAAAAUUCUCAAUCACAAUAAAUCUUGUGCUCAAGCUUAUCAAUAUUUAGGAUUCUUAGCAGAAAAGGAACAGAAUUACAAGAGCUCGGCCCUCAACUAUGACAACGCUUGGAAAUAUACGGGGAAGAAUGAUUUGGCUGUUGGAUACAAACUAGCAUACGCGUACCUCAAGCUGAAGAAAUACCCGGAAUGUAUAGUUGUGUGUAGACAUAUAUUAAAAGUUCAUCCGGACUACCCCAAGAUAAAAAAGGAAAUUCUAGAAAAAGCUAAGUCCAAUUUGAGAACAUGA